CAGUCUAGCUGCCACAUUCUGGAUUAAUUGCAGUUUCCUGGUCACCUUCAAAGGUAGCCCCACGUAGAGUGCAUUGCAGUAGUCCAGUAGUAUAGAAGUGCAUCUUGACAUAAGGCGGUCCCCAAUACACAGAACGCCUUGUUGUGCAAUGACAUUUUGAGCUGCUAAGGCAAACUAAAACUCCUUCUACCUAGCAGGGGUGCCAACUUGGAUAAAUUAUUGUGGGAGUCCCCACAUAACUGAUCACAUGGCGCAGUACACACACACCAUUUGAAUGGGAAUGCACAUCAUCUUUGUGGGGGCCCGGCCCCCUCAAAUAUUUCAUUGAUGGGGCCAAAGCCCCCACGGCCCCUCGGAGCUGGCUCCUGUGAUACCUAGUUUUAUUUAUCCCCAUCCACCAAUAAAUAACACAGGCAGACACGAGGGGACAGACAAGAGAGCUAUCAAAGGUUCAAAAAAUUAAUAUUUCCUCAGGUGCAGUCCUUCACACAUUCCAGGCAAUCCUAAUUGCCCAACACAAUCCUAGCAGGGCAAAUUCUGGUGGUGUACCUUCAGGGCAAUCAAUCCUUUGCCUAAAUUGGGCAGUUGUUGCAGCAGCUUGAGAAACUAAUUCAUUGGGCACAAAGUGCCCUUGGAGAUAGACUUUCUCCUGUCUUGUUUGCAGCGUCUUCUGCACAGCCUCUUGCCAUUGAUCUGAGGCCGCCAAUCAACCGCUUCAUUCCAUCCCUAUCUUUUGAAACAGAGUUAGUAAACAGGGCUUUGACUCUCUGCCAGAUGGUUGUGUGGCUUUGAUUCACCAGUGUUUGUCCAGCGGUCUGAACAGAGGGGUCAUUGAAAUGCAUAGAAAACAGCACUGGGAACCCCUCCUACUGAGCUGACGCCUGGAUUCAACCGAUUGCUGCAAAGGGGAAAGGAGCUGCUGGUGUCCCAAGCCUCAGUGCCUGUUGACCAUUAACCAAGACCCCAAACCGAUCUGCUGGGCUUUAGUUCACACACCUGUUCAUCUACUACAGCCAGGAAGGACCCAACAGGGAAGAUGGUUACUGACCCAAGGAGAUGUCCUCUCUUAACGAUCAUGGUACGACUGCUUUUCAUCUUUGUUGGUGCAGGGUCUGAAAAUAUUACAAGAAGCCAAGUGUGCACCGAUUUCCAGUCUGCAAGCUUGCUGCGCGGCAGCAGUCUCAAAGUUCAGUUUCUCCUGUUCUCCUCUUCCAACCCCAGCUGUGGACAGCUGCUCUCCACACGGGAGGACCUGCAGAACUCCACUUUCAAUGCCACCUUGGGAACCAAAGUAAUAAUCCAUGGUUUCAGAGUCCUGGGCACAAAGCCCUCCUGGACAGACGGGCUGAUCAAGGCCUUGCUGCAGGCAGCCCAAGCCAACGUGAUUGCUGUCGACUGGGUCCAUGGCAGCACAGCAGCCUAUUACGCCGCAGUGGAAAAUGUGAUGAAGUUGGCACUAGAAAUAGCCAGUUUUAUUCGCAAGUUGCUGGACUUGGGGGUGCCUGAGAAAUCCAUCCACCUUAUUGGGGUGAGCCUUGGAGCCCAUGCCGGGGGUUUGGUAGGCCAUUUCUUUGAAGGCCGACUGGGAAGGAUUACUGGUCUGGAUCCUGCAGGCCCCAAGUAUACCAAGGCCAGCCGCGAAGAGCGCCUAGAUCCGGGAGAUGCUGUCUUUGUGGAAGCCAUUCACACAGAUGCAGACAAUUUUGGUAUCCGGAUACCUGUUGGCCACAUUGAUUACUAUGUCAAUGGCGGCAGAGAUCAGCCUGGAUGUCCCCGUUUUAUAUCAUCUGGCUAUAACUACCUGAUCUGCGACCAUAUGAGAUCGGUGCAGUUCUACACCAGCGCCUUGACUGACCCCUGUCCCAUGAUGGCUUUCCCUUGCACAAGUUACAAGGAUUUCCUAACUGGCCACUGCUUGGACUGUUUUCCCCCUUUCCCCCUCUCCUGUCCAACAAUAGGACUGCUAGACAAUGGAGGAGUCCACGUGGGGAAACUAUCGACAGAGGUAAAGGUUUACCUGACCACAGCUGCAUCAGCACCAUACUGUGUGUAUCAUAGCCUGGUAGAAUUUCGCCUGCAGACGAGGAGGACUUCGGACACCAACAUUGAGAUCGCCUUUCUCAGCAGCAACUCCUCAUUCAGCACCAGCAUCAUCAUACCCAAGCAGCAGACCGCAGGCAAAGGCCUCCUGACCCACUCUGCCCCGCUGUGCCAGGUGAAAAGCGUGAUGCUGCAGCACCGUCACAAGACCUGGAGGAGGAAUAAAGAGGAGACUCCUGUUUGGGGCCAGUUCUGUACUGCUCCCCUGCCUGUCGACACCAGUAAGGAGAUAUUCUGUCUCCCUCAGCUGCUGACUCUGACACGAAACAACCCACUUCUACACGACCUCACCGUUGCCUGUGAUUAGCACAACUGAGCUAAGAGAUAACAAGAAGCGUCCUAAGGGGGAAGGCAUAUAUUCUGAAAUAAAAAAUGUGAUCGAAGCCCGGUUGUCGGGGAACUAAGUGGGUGCAGAUACAGAAAUUCUCUCAGUUCCCGUGUUCUCUCAGUGUUUAGGAAUGGAAUUCUUUGAAGCAAAUGUGAGCUGCAUUUGUUCACAGCACAUUCUUGUUCGUAGAUUAGACAUAAUUAAUGUUGUGUUCUUUACAUGUUGCUUUGCUUGAUGUUUCGUAAUGCUGUUAUCCUGACGCUCCCUGCAAGAGGAAGAUUUUAUUAUUCCCCCCUCUUCUACAUCAGCUCAAUAUACUAGCUGACAGCAUGCUGGGAGUCAGCAGACUAUGAGAGACUUCCAUUCCCAAGUCAACCCAGGAAGAGUUUGCCCAUUUCUAGUGACGAGUGUUACCUGUAGGGGUUGUCUUGUUUCCGAUAACAGCUGCUAAAACUCAACCAUUUGUAAAACAAGUGCAGUCUUCACUGAGGAGUGUCUGAUAUCAUGAUUUUGGCUCAGGUAUUCACUGAUGCUAAUAGUCUCCUUUGAUAUUCUGUUUGUAGCUUCUGCUGCAGCUGUUAUGCUUUCCUAACAUGUCAAAACAAGUAGCACGUAAACUAUGUAUUAUGACAUCAGAUUGCUCAAAGUGGUAAGAAGGAAAAAGGAUUGCAUGCUUAAAAAAAAAAAAAAGUUGUCACAACUACCAGUAAAGAAAUAUAGGAUUCAGCCAGUGCUUUUCUUCUAGAAAAAAUAUGCCAGUACUGCGUAUCCUUGAGUACCCCCAGGAAAAAAAGCACUGGAUACAACUAUGUGAUUUACUGAGUCAAUAAUAAAACAUAACAAGAGGAAGAGGAUUGUGUGGUUUAUAUAUUAUAGGUUCUGUACUGUGGCAAACCAUCAGGGGGAGAAGCACUGCAUUUAGGGUGCCUGAAUUGGCAAGGAAAGAGGUAUUGGGUUGUGAAAGUCAACAAAAAUGUUGUGUCACUGAGUGGUAGCUGUGAAACAAGGUGAAUUCUGUGACGCAGUCAUUGAAAUAAAACUGCCAAUAUCAUAAUGCCAUUAUUAAAAUCUAUGAUGCAAUCGCA